AUGGAUCCACAGAAGAAGGAGAAGGAAGAAGAAAAAAGGAGGUGUCAAUUGUAUAAUAUUAACAGGGGGACGAAAGGAGUCUUCGUCGUGCACAUCUCCCUCUUAGUGUAUAUUUUCCACAUCACAGCAAUGCGACUGCUGUUGUCUGUUCCACUUUCUGUGUGUGAGGCUCACGGCGCCGUUAAACGCCUUCUUCACUCAGAUUUGUACAAUACUUUUUUUACAUGUGACCCCAAAGGGUCUCAUCUCGGCUCCGGUGGGGGAACGAGUUGGCUGCUGGAGCGGUGCUAUCAAUCGGAACGAAACGACAGUAUGACGACAGAAGACGACGACGACUUUGAGGGGUGGCUGUUGCGUGAGCAGCGCACCAUAAUUCAUAGCGGUGGACAGAGCCGACGGCUGCCCUCAUAUGGACCGUGUGGGAAGCUGCUUCUGCCCGUUCCUGUCUUUCGCUGGUCGCGUGGGCAGACGUGUGAUCAGACGCUCCUCGAUUUGCAGAUGCCGCUCUACGAAGAGGUGAUGCGGCGGGCACCUUCUCAUCUGCGUACACUUGUGUCUUGCGGCGAUGUUCUUAUUUUGCUCAACCAACCGCUUCCACCCGCGCCAGAAGACGCGGAUGUGGUCUGCUACGCCGUUCGGGAGGAGGUGGACCGGUUGAGAAAUCACGGUGUCUUCUUUUUGAGCCACGAGGCCCCCGAUGAGUUGGAUAUGAUGUUGCAGAAGCCGUCAAUACGGGAGAUUCACGAGUACACUGCCACCCGACGGUGCGUCAUGGACAUCGGCCUCUGGCUGUUGAGUGAUCGUGCGGUGAGGGUUCUUCGCACGCGGAGCAUGGCGGGGAAUCGCACGAAAUGCUC